CAUCCAGGAAUGUCAAAAAAUGACAAGAAAGGGACAUUAAGUAGAAGACCAAUGGAAAUGCCAGUGAUGCAGGGUUCAGAUGAUGGCCUUCCUGACUGGUUUCAUGGAAUUAUGUCACGUAGAGAUUGUGAAGAGCUUCUGAAAAACAAGGAGAUAGGACAUUUCAUUAUCAGAUUAAGCCCGAGAACUUUUGGCUACAUUCUGUCAUACAAGGGGAAAGACAGAUGCCGACACUUUGUUAUAAACCAGUUGUCAAAUGGAGAAUUGGUCGUAUCGGGGGAUUCAUAUUCCCAUGAUAGUUUGCCUGGUUUGAUAGCUUAUUACCAAAAUACACCUAUUGAACCAUUUGGAGAGAAGCUGUCGCUAAAUUUUAUUAAGUUUUCUGAAAAUAACAAGUACGACAACAUUCAGGGACCAAAUUCAAAGGUAGAAAAAUCCCGGCAUAACGCAGACAAUCCUAAGAAAAACCCACAUGGACAAAAGAAGAAAACUGUGGCUAGUGCACAGGACAUUGCACCACCAUUACCAGAGAGAAAUAGGUCACUAAAUACAGAUGAUGAUGAGCAAAUCUACGCAAAGCCUAAAAAAGAGACAAACGGAAAAACAUAUUCUCCAAGUAAUAACCCAGAUGUUUAUUAUUCUGCUGUAAACGAAACACCCAUCAAUCAGAAGGAUAUCGUAAAGACCAAUCCCCAAAAUGUGCUUUAUUCUGUUGUUAAAUUUGAUAAUAGUUUACCUUCUGCCCUGGGCCACCUGCAAGGCUCAUCACAAGAAGUGGACACUAGAAAAUCCAAACUAAUUUCCAGCUUGAAUGAGCUUUCAGGAUGUGAGAUUUUGGAGAUGAGGUUUGCAACAUCUAUUCAGACAGCUAACAGUAAAACAUUAAGUGGUCAAUUCAUACAUACUGGGGCUGAAAGUCCCGGCAGCUCAUUUUUGUUUCCAGCUGAUAUAUCCCUCUCUGAAGGUGAAGACAUCUAUGCACAAAUACCAUUUAGGGACCCCCACUACAAAAAUGAAUACCAUACAGUGGACAAGACAUCAAACUACUCUAUGCAAGCUACAAACACUGUUGAUCAUAUUUCCACACGGAUAUCCAAGGAGGUAACGUCUAGAGAAAUUAACAAGAAAGUGACCCAUGUAAGCACUGCACAAGACAAUGUGUACGAAACGAUCUCAACCGAUUUCACCAAACUAGCCAUGAGAAAACAGAAUGCUGCUAAGGUUGAAAAGCAAAAAAGAUUCCUUUUUGGGGACAAGAAAAAAUAACACUUUCAUCUGAAAUAAAAAAAAAAAUUGAGGAUAGAGGAUCCAGCCCCAGCAUCGAAGUGGCUCACCAGAGUACCAGAGAUUCCUCCAUGGGCUCAGGCUCUGAAACCUUGGUGGGCCUCUAAGCUCCUAGAUAUAAAAAAAAAAGCUGCCUUUGGAGCCAAUAACUUGCCACUAGGGUCUAUUUCUUUGAAUCAAAAUUUAUUAGACUGUAUUAAUGAUAUGAGGUUUGGACACUGAGAAUAAUUUCCUCUGGUGGGCCGAAAAACUCUGACCCUGCACACUCCUACAUGUUUGUUUUUUACAUUUGACUUUUGAAGUUCUGGAGAUUAAUAUUUAAAAUAUGCACAGUUAGGAACUUCACUCAAGAAAACAAAAGCGCAGAGAAAUUACCAGUACCAUAACGAAAACCCAACAAACCCCAUUAUCGUCAGAGGGGUCUGUCGGGCAGCAUUGAUGUCCAUCAUCUAAAUCUGAUGUAUUGGCACUUCCAUCAUUUUUGCAGUUCUGCACCUAUGAUGGAAAUGAUUAGACG